AUGGCCGACUGCACUCCGGAAGCGGAGGUCCGGGAGGCCUGGGAGGCUAGAAGACUGGCAAAGAUUCAGGAGCAAGAGGAGGACGCGAAGCGUCUAGAGCGCGAGGCUGUGGAAAAACUUCGGGAUAAGCGGGAAAGCGGAAACCUCGCCAUAUGCGCUGGUUCGGGUGUGACCCUUUUUUCAACGAGGAACAAUGACGGGAGCAACCGGACUAGAUUGACGUGGAAGGGUUUCAUUCAGAAUGGCCUCGACUACAUUCAAAGAGAAAAGCCGAGUUUCUACAGGGGCAACCAGAAGGCAUUUGAAAAGGCAACGAAUGCGCUCGAUGAUACCGACAGCACAGUCGAAGAUGUUCUCGAAGUUGCUGGCAAAGUGACACGAUUCAUGGACGAACAUAGCAAUUUUGCAGAUUGGCUCAGCACACAAUUUGAACGCCUCCAUGACUACGUGGAAUUUCCGGCUAUUCUCGACAGUCUAGGGGAACUCCAAAGAGCUGGGGUUACUCUCAUGACGACGAACUACGAUGGCUUGAUCGAGAGCCAUUGCGGUUUGCAACCCCUAGAUGGUUCUCAACCGCAAGACCUCGUGCGCUUCGGCCGAAGAGAGCUACCCAAUGUAGUAUUUCACCCUCACGGCUACUGGAAGAACAGGAAUCAUGUUGUAUUAGAUUUGCGGCAGUACUAUGAGGUACAGCGUGAAGACAGCCGCGUACGGCAGACGUUGUAUGACAUGUUGAGAGGAAGGACGGUGGUUUUUGUUGGCUGUGGGGGAGGCGUAGCUGAUCCCAACUUUGGCUCACUCUUGAAGUGGCUUUGUAAGCAGGAGGAGGACGUUAGCCACGGUCACUACAUCUUGCUUAAGAAAGGGGAGAAUCAUCCAGAGGUAGAUAAGCUGCCUUUGAAAAAGGUCUAUCUUGAGACAUUCGAUGACAUUGCACCCUGGCUGGAUGAUUUAUUGUUAGACCCGAGCGGGAGCUCAGAUGGCAAUAGUGAGUAA